AUGAAUGACGAAACUCAAGAAUCCUGUGAUCGUGUUUUGCAUUCUGAUAACAGUUGCCGAGGGACUGAAAAGUCUCCAGUUUCUUAUAGACAAUCCAAGGACCCUCAAAAACGAGCUAAACUUAUUAAGCAGGCACUCAAGGAGAUCUUUAUCAAUCCUAUUCCUAGAACAAUCACUCAAGUUUCUAAAAGAUAUGACAUUCCUUACAAUACACUGAAAACCAGAGUGAAGAAGAGCGACAAAGUUGUGAUUAGCAAUUACAAACUGAGACAUAUUUUCACCGAUCAAUAUGAGUCUCUUUUAUGUGAUUAUCUCACCCUUAUGUAUAGAUGUGGAGUUUUAGUUUCCUACAGGGAGGUUUUAAGCUUAGUUAAUGACACAGUUGCCAUUCACUGCAAACGAUCAAACAUUGAGAAUCCUUUGAAUAGGGCUACUGGAACAAGAUUGGGCCGAAGAUGGUGGAAAGAGUUUUACCAACGGAUGAUCGAUUCCUGUCCAGUCCUUCAAACUGUGCAAGAAAAUGCUUACUCAUCUCACACAUUAUUCGGUCCACAAAGAAAAAUUCUCAACAAGCAUCAAUGGCUCAAAUCGUACACAGACUCAGUUACUAAUUCUGAACAAAAGCACUCACUUAUAUUUCAUGCCCAUGAAAUGCGGUUCAAACUAGGUGAGUUGGAAAACAAGGAGAAAGUUUGGACAUCUGAACUUGAAGAUUUAGAGAAUAAUGGCCAUAAUUUCAAGUUUUCUAAAAGUGAAAAUUUUGCUAUACUUGAAACUAUAAACACCGAAGGAAACAUAAGAAUUUCCCCUUUUGUAAUCACAGAACAAUCUGGACUACAAAAAAAUUUGGAUAUAUCUUUAGGCCAAUCGAAAUUUGACGAAGAAGAUCAAGCAAUGGAUAGUAUAAAUUCCUGGCAAUUUCAUUAUGCGAAGAAUGGGUGCCUUACACCCGAACUGUUCCUUAAGUAUUUGGCUUAUUUUCAUUCUCAGUUGAAACUAUCUUCAAACAAUAUGAUUGAUGAAAGCUACGUUAAGACUUUGGUUGUUAAUAUUGAUAGCAGUCUGAUUACGUUGGACACGGUUUUUCUUUUAAACGAAUUCAACAUUCAACUCAUGAUCUUACCUAGAGAUAUGGUGCAUUUAAAGUUGUCAAUUGACGAGGGGAUAUUUGGACCUUUAAUGCGUAUCAUGGACGGUGAAAUGACUAGACUUUUGGACACGGAGCAUACAAACCGUAUUACUAUUACAGAUUUCUUCCUUUAUUUUGUCAAGGUCAAGUUCAGAUUAACGACCUCUUUUAAAGUUCGUCAAGCUUUUCAGAAUCUUGGACUGGAUCCUCCAAACUACGAAGAGUUCAUUAAUAGCAUAGAUGAUAUGCACUCGUCUCACAGGGAAUUGAUUAAGAGUGAAAGCGGUCUUAGCCGGCCUGCAAGACGUAAAGUGAUGGAUACUUCUCGUGUGUUAUCAAACACAGAAAAUAAUUCAGAGUAUACCGAAAGCUUACUAUCGGAGAGUGGAACGCCAAUUCAAAAUAUCCCCGUUACAGCAAAUGAUCGGAACAAACAGGAUAAACAGGAAGCGGCAGAUGAUGAAGAUGAUUCCAGUGACAUUAGCUAUUUCGAAGAAUUGGAGGAGGAAUCUGAGGAUUUCGAGUCAGAUAGUGAGAACUACACACAACGGUUCCUGAACGCCGACCCCGAAGUUAAACUUGACGAAUUUGAUGAUACGAACACUGAUAUUAUAGAGCAGAUUCAUGAGCUAAGAAAAAACAAGAACAAGCUGACGGAAAUUAUUCUUCAGCAUUCUGGUGUAGCCUCCAUCAUUACAAAUAUUAACACCCUAGAUUCGCUGCUACAACGACAUUUUUCUCAGAUGGAUGUCCUACUUCAGAACUAUCGACUUAAAAUAGAACAGCAGCUUUUAAAUCCCAGGGGUGAUUCCAGAAAACGUGCUAGAAGGACAUAA